CCAGACCCUGCUGCUAGGGGCAACUUAGCUUUGAGACAGCCUGUUUCAUCCCCAGGCACUUCAAGCGCUGGAAUUUGCAGGCCCUCACAAUCGGGUGGUACAGGAUCAAGACCUGCAACACCAACUGGACGCACUGCAUUGAACUCAGCAUCCAAGUCCACACCGAGCACAGGAGCCAAAUGCAUAUUGACUAUGGCAACCAAACCGUCAUCAAUGACCAUGUCUAAUCCUAAAAGGUCUUCAACACCUACAUCUAGGGCUAUGUUGUCUUCAACUAAACCCACUGUUCCAGCAAGAUCCACUACACCAUCAUCAAGGACUGCUGCAAGAUCCUCAACACCAACUUCUCGACCGACUUUAUCUGCUUCUAAGCCCACAUCAAGGGCAGCAACACCAACUCGAAGACCUGCUGUGUCGUCAAACUUAACAAAUACAUCUGCUUCUCCAGUUAAGUCUCCUUCUUCCUCAGUUGUCAAGCCAGCUUCCACCACAAGGAAUCCAGCUCCAUCACGUGCUAGUUCUCCAACAGUGAAACCAAGACCAUGGAAACCUUCAGAGAUGCCAGGUUUCUCUAUGAAUGCACCACCAAAUUUGCGGACCUCCCUCCCUGAUAGGCCACUUUUAAACAGUAGGGGCAGGCCUGGAGCUUCCAGUGUUCGUUCUUCUUCAGUUGAGCCUGUUUCUAAUGGGAGAGUCAGACGGCAAUCCUGCUCUCCUGCAAGAGGUCGACCCCCCAAUGGCUUAAUUCAUAGCAGUGGAAGUUCUGUCCCUGCAUUAAGUCGGUUAUAUGCAAAGGCUAAUGACAAUGUUAGUCCUGUUUUGAUUGGAACGAAGAUGGUCGAAAGAGUAAUAAAUAUGCGGAAGCUGGCACCACCAAAGCAGGAUGACAAACAUUCCCCUUGCAGUAACUUAUCUGGCAAGUCUUCAUCCCCUGAUAGCUCAGGCUUUGGAAGAACACUCUCAAAGAAAUCCUUGGAUAUGGCAAUAAGGCAUAUGGAUAUAAGGCGGAGCAUUCCAGGAAAUUUAAGACCGUCAAUGACAAAUGUACCAGCUUCUUCUAUGUAUAGCGUGAGAUCAGGGCCUACACGGAACAGAACAGUUAGUGUAUCAGAUUCCACUCUUGCUACUAGCAGCAAUGCUAGUUCUGAGGUGAGUGUCAACAACAAUGGGCUGUGUAUAGAUGGAAAUGAAAUGGAGGAUGUUUUCAGCAGUAACAAAGGUGCUCCAUUCCCUGCCAGUGUACGGGGUAGCUGA